AUGGCACCAAACAAAAACAGCAGCAACAAUACACAAAAUUCGAAGGCUUGGCAUUCGGUGAGGAGAGCCUCCCAAUCAACACAACAACCCAGUUUAGCCAUAGAGGAUAGUGUGGAUUUGGGAGCAGUUUGCGAAACUCCAGUUACAGCCAAAACACCCAUUCGGGAAGCUUUCGAAAAUAUUGGAAAUUAUAGUAAAUCAUCAACAUCACAAAAGAAGGCUUCUUCAUCGUCAUCACAGAAUGCUCGGAAGCAACAACAAGAAGAGGAAUCACGAAAAGAUGACGGUGAUGGAGAGAUGGAAUUUAAUUUCUCUGAUUUGGAAGAGGAUGAAGAUAAAUCAGAGAAGAAACAAGAAGAACAAUUCGAACGAUCGCCAGUGUUCUACUCAUCGGAGAGUGAUGCACCUCCAACAAAAAACACCAAAUCAAAGAAAACCUAUCAACCAACACAGGAGCAAGCAUCUGAAAAGGAAGAAGAUGAAGAAAAACAAGCAAAACAAUCAUCUAAAUCAAUAGUCAGUGGUAGUAGUAAACAACGUGCUUCUGACUAUUCUCAAUAUUUCACACCAGAUGAGGAUGAAAAUGAAAAGGAAAAGGAAGGCUAUUCUUUGAGGAAAACUCCAACAAGAGUCUAUCAGGAAAAGAAGAAGAGGAAAAAGAUGAUAAAAAAGAAGGAAAUUUUGAUCAGUUCCGAUGAAGAGGAAGAUGGUCAAACUUUGAGGAAUGAUAAAAUGUAUGAUAGUGACGAGAUACCUGAUGAAGAUAUUGAAGCAAUGGAAGAACAAGAAAGAGCUAGGAAGAGGAAACAACCACAAACUGAGGAAGAAAGAAGAGAACGAGAAAAACAAGAGGAGGAGAGAAAGAAGGCCGAACUGAAAUUGAGGAAAAAGAAAUUGACAGAACUUUCAAAUUCAAUGAGAAAGAAAAAUCAACACAAAUCCAUUUAUAUUGAGGAGGAGGAUGAGAUUUCAAAGGAUUUAUUUUCGAGUGGAAAGAGAAAGUCAACAUUUGAUGAUGAUGAGCUAUUCUCUCAGCCAUCAUCUAAGGAAGAAAAAGAAGUCUUCUCCUCUCCAAAGAAGAGACUAAAGAAGAAGUCUGGUAGUCCAGUCGGUUCAACAAUCACAUUCGACAAGGAGGAUAGUGAUGAUGCCAAUAGUGAAGAGUUGGAAAAUUUAGCAAAGGAAAUUAGAGAAAAUAAUCUACUUUUGUCUGCUAAAAAGAAGAAGAAACCACUCAGUCUAAAAACUCAAAAAAGAAAGUCACACAGUAGCUCAGAAGAGGAAGCUCCACGAAGAAAAUCAACAAGUACUAGAAAAGGUAGAGAUCAAGACAGUGAAGAUGAAGAUGAUGGUAUGGUUACCAUGAGUCAAUUUAUUGUAAGUGAUGAGGAAGAGGAUGAAGCACCUGAAUACAACGUCUAUAGAAUGGUCGACAUGAUGGAAAAUGAUAUGGAUUCACAAGAGUUCCACUCCAUUCUCACAAGUAAUACCAGACUCUCCUCAGAUUUCAAAUCUUCCUUUGCAAUCUAUAUUCAUUUUAUCACUUCACACUUGCUGGAUGAGGAUUUUAUUCAAUCUCUCAAAUUUAAAGAUAGAACUCACUUUGCUAAUGCCUCAAAAAUGGUGGAAGGUAAAUUGGAAACGGUCAAGGACAGCUUAAUUUAUAGCUCAGCUUGGAAAUCGAGACACAAGAACCUUCUCCAAUUCUAUCCAAUCAUUAAGGCUAGAGAAAUUUCUCUCAAGGAUACUGAAAUUGACAAUAGCGACAAGUGUUGUCAAGCUUGUGGCAGAAAGAACCAUCAAGCUGAAUAUACACUCAUAUUCAAACCACCAAGAGCUACCACUAAAUAUGAAUUUUCAUCCGGAGCUCACAUCAACUGGAUAGAUUCACCAGAGGAAGAUUCGGAGGAGGAUAAUGAUUUUAUUCAACUCUCACAAAGAAGAGCAGUAACAGGUAAAAAAUGUAAAUAUACUAAGGAGAAGUCAUUCGUUGGAUCGACCUGUUACAAACGAUCCUUAUUGUACCAUAGUUUCCAACAUUACAAAUUCCAUUUAAUUCAACAUAUUAUCAACAAGAUUGACAAGAUUGCCACCAAUUUUGAAGGAGAAGAAGAAAUUACAAGCGACUAUAUUUUGGACAAGAUUGUUUCUAAAAAGAGUUGGAUUGAAUCACUCUACAAAAAGUAUCUCAAAUUAAUUGAGGAAGCAGAGGCUAGUUAUACCAAAUCGAAGGAUGCUGGAGUUAUUGAUGUGGUUGAUGAAUUAUUCGAUGUCUAUGAUUCAGAGGAGGAAGUAAUCAAUUCAGAUCCAGAAGAAAAGGACAAUGACUUUAUUGUUACCAACACACGUGGAGGACUUCGAUUGAAACGAACCAAACCAAAAUCAGAUGAUGAGCAAGAUCAAGACGAUGCUGAGCUCAUUGACACCACAGAAGAACAAAUACCUCCUCAAAAGGAAAAGCCAAAACAACCAAGAGAAUUGAAAUUAUCAUUUGCAGUUUCUCCCAUUCCUGUUGAAGACGAUGAAGAAGAUAAAGAGCUUGACUUUUUGGAUAAGGAAGAAGACAUUCCAAAACCGCUCUCACCAAAAGAAAAUUCAAAAAAGACGGAAGAGAAAAUCCCAGAUUUGAGUGGAUAUCUUGACUCGUCAGAUGACGACAUUCUCAAUUAUAAUUUUUAAAAAUACAAUUUAAUAUUAACAUGUUUACAA